GUUCUCUUCUAGUGUCAGCAAGCUACAGUAAGCAAUACCAACUUUUAAAAUGUUCACCAAAGUGAUCGUCCUUGUUGCCGUUGCCAUCGCUUGCGUUAACGGAAAGCCACUGGUUGCGGCUCCACUUGUUGCUGCUGCUCCAGCGGUAGUAACCGCCCAGAGUUCUCAGUACGUUGCACGCAACUAUAACGGAAUCGCUGCUGCUUAUACCGCUCCAGUUGCUGCUGCCUAUACUGCCCCUGUGGCUGCUGCCUAUACCGCCCCAGUAGCUGCUGCAUAUACUGCUCCAUUUGCCGCUGCUUACACUGCUCCAGUGGCUGCUGCAUACACGGCUUCUCCGUACGCUGCCGCCUAUACCACCUACGCUGCCUCCCCAUACUAUCCUUAUGUUUUGUAA